UUCAUGUGAAGAUAAAAAAAGAAAAGAAAUUCAACCUUUAAAUAUUUGUAACAAGUCUUGGUUCAGUCUCACACUCUCCACUCUCAAGACUCACUCACUUUCCUUUCUCUGUUCAUAAACUGUCACCAAGAAUCAAAGCUUUACUUAUUUAUAUUCACACAUUAGCACCACCCCAAACAACCAGCGCUGAGUAUCCAACCUCCUCGAGAUUGCUGCAUAAAAUCAAAGCCUUAAUUCACAUCAACGGCCAUAAUUCAACCUUCAGCUUGACUACUACACAAUCCCACACACAUUGCAUGUGCAGCUCUCAGUAUCACACACUAUCACUCUCACUCUAUAUAUUCUUCUUUCCUUUCAAACCCCUUUUUUCUUCCUUACACUGACAACAACAGUGUCAAACACAAACUAAACAACAAACGAAUAAGUACCCAUUAGUCCAUUUUCAUUUUCCCACAAAGAAUAAUUCACCUUUUCUCAUACAAAAAACCAUUUCUUGAUUGAUUGAGUUAGUGAUGGAAGAAAGACCAGAAACUGAACUAAUUUCAAUACCAGCAACACCACGUGCAUCAACACCUGAGAUACUAACACCAUCAGGUGUAAGGUCACCAAGGGGUGGACAUACAUCAACUGGUGGUGUAUCUAAAGAUGCUAAGUCAUGGACACCAACUUCAUUUAUUUCACCUAGAUUUUUGAGUCCUAUUGGUACACCAAUGAAAAGGGUGUUAGUUAAUAUGAAAGGUUAUUUAGAGGAAGUUGGGCAUUUGACCAAGCUUAAUCCUCAAGAUGCUUGGCUUCCUAUUACUGAGUCACGUAAUGGCAAUGCUCAUUAUGCUGCUUUUCAUAAUCUUAAUGCUGGUAUUGGGUUUCAAGCUUUGGUUUUGCCUGUUGCUUUCUCUUUUCUUGGAUGGAGCUGGGGAAUAAUUUCCUUAACUAUAGCUUAUUUCUGGCAACUCUAUACUUUAUGGAUCCUUGUUCAGCUGCAUGAAGCAGUUCCCGGGAAGAGAUACAAUAGAUAUGUGGAACUUGCGCAAGCAGCUUUUGGUGAAAGACUUGGGGUUUGGCUUGCUCUCUUCCCUACUGUUUACCUAUCUGCAGGGACUGCGACAGCUUUGAUUCUCGUAGGAGGUGAAACCAUGAAGAUGUUCUUUCAAAUUGUUUGUGGUCCGCUCUGUUCAUCGAAUCCUUUAACAACUGUUGAGUGGUAUUUGGUUUUCACUUCCCUCUGCAUUGUUCUAUCCCAACUCCCGAACCUGAACUCCAUCGCUGGACUCUCCCUCGUUGGAGCAGUGACAGCAAUCACAUAUGCCACUAUGGCGUGGGUCCUCUCUGUAAGCCAACCAAGACCACCUUCAAUUUCAUACGAACCCAUUUCAUUGCCUACCUAUACAGCUUCUCUCUUUUCUGUCUUGAAUGCUAUGGGUAUUAUAGCAUUUACCUUUAGAGGACACAAUUUAGUUCUUGAAAUUCAGGCAACUAUGCCAUCAACUUUCAAGCACCCAGCUCAUGUGCCAAGUUGGAAGGGAGCAAAAGUUGCUUAUUUCUUCAUAGCCAUGUGCCUGUUCCCUAUUGCCAUUGGAGGCUUCUGGGCUUAUGGAAACCUUAUGCCAUCGGGAGGAAUGCUAAGUGCCCUAUACGCCUUUCACAUUCACGAUAUUCCAAGAGGACUUCUCGCCAUGACAUUUCUCUUAGUCGUUUUCAACUGCUUGAGCAGUUUCCAGAUUUACUCGAUGCCAGCAUUUGACAGUUUUGAAGCUGGAUACACCAGCCGUACCAACCGACCAUGCUCAAUCUGGGUCCGUUCCGGUUUCAGAAUAUUUUUCGGAUUCGUUUCGUUCUUUAUCGGAGUGGCACUUCCGUUCCUGUCGAGUCUUGCAGGGUUGUUAGGAGGACUCACACUUCCAGUAACGUUUGCUUAUCCUUGCUUCAUGUGGGUCCUCAUAAAGAAGCCUACCAAGUACAGCUUUAACUGGUAUUUCAACUGGAUCCUAGGAUGGUUAGGUGUUGCUUUUAGCUUGGCUUUUUCGAUUGGAGGAAUUUGGAGUAUGGUCAAUAAUGGACUUAAACUCAGGUUCUUUAAGCCCAGCUAAGAGAUGAAUAAGAAGUUUGGUAUGUAGACUUCUAUUUGCUAGUAGUUUGUAAUGUGUGUUUCUAUUCUAAGCUUGAGAAAAGGUGAAGUGGAGAAAGAAUGCGCCCGUGUUUGUCGAGUUGUUCCGGGUAGGGGGCGGGGUUGGGAAAGGAAAGGAAUAUGUAUAAAGCCAUAGGUACAGACAUGUUCUUGUUUGCUGCCUUUUGGAAUCUGGUGUUGUGUCAACUUGUGAAAUGCUCCAAUUUGAAGAAUAUAUAGAACCACUUGGCUUAUGAUUGAAAUCCAUUCGCGUUGUAUGCUUAUGAUAUCGCUCUAAAGCCACAUUUUAUAGCAACUAGAUCUUUAUUUGACAGAUUAAAGCGAUUUCAUGUUUGAAAGUUAUGCUUGCAUUGUUGCAUUUGCAGUACUGAAGAAAGAUUUUGAGACGA